UAAGAACCAUACAUUCGAGAUUGUGCCGUGUAACUAGUUCGUGUCUAGGUUUUUUCUCCCAUCAUUCACAACUGGAUUUGAUUUUUUAGAUAUUUACAGCCAUGUCUUCCUUUCGAAAAGCCUUGAAAUCUAAACAACGAGACCACAAAGAGCGAUCACAGCUCGGUUUCAGGAAACAUUUGGGACUACUGGAGAAGAAGAAGGAUUACAAACUUCGUGCAGAUGACUACCAUCGGAAACAGAAGACCCUCACGGCCUUGCGCAAGAAGGCAAUGGAUAAGAACCCGGACGAAUUUCACUUUAAAAUGAUACACAACCAUUUAAAGGAUGGAGUUCACGUGAUCAAACCAAAAGACGAAACCAUGACAGAGGAGCAGAAGAAGGUGAUGAGGACCCAGGACAUCAGAUAUGUGGAAAUGAAGCGAGUGUCGGAGAUGAAGAAAAUCGAAAGGAUGAAGUCAGAGCUCCACCUUCUUGAUGUUGAUGAAGAAAAGAAAAAUAAGCAUGUUUUUUAUGUGGACUCAAAAAAAGAAGUGGAGGGCUUUGAUCUGGCCACACACCUCAACACAGUACCUGAAUUGGUGGGACGAGCAUAUAACAGACCUACAAUAGAGACGCUGGAAAAGAAAAGCAUUGUGGGAGCAGUGGAUCCUCAGAGAAUAAAAAAACUUGCAAAGCAGAGGGAACUUCAAUAUCUGAGGCUUUCACAGCGUAUUGACAGAGAAAAAAAUAUGUUUGUCAUUAGUCAAAAGAUCCAGACUAGAAAAGAUCUGCAAGAUAAAGUUAAGAAAGUGAAAGUCUGUGAGGAGACCGAAACUGCUCCAGCUGUCUAUAGAUUUGAAGCUAAGAGGAAAAGAUGAUGUCUUUGUAUCAGUACACCGUGGAAACUCACUUUCUUGUGACCAUCAAUCAGCAGUUUCAUCUAUGAAGUGGACUCUCUUUCACUUCUAUAGUGUGGUUUGAAAGACUAUGCUGGGAAUCUUGCACACUAUAUAAAGCAAGGAGUUUGUAAAUAUUUACUGCAAAAUCGUUUAUUGCCUUAAAAUACACAUACUGUUUUGUAGUUCUUUAAUUUAACAGUAGAUGGCACUAAAUCAUCUCAUCAAAUUUACAACCUUGAUAAAUAUAAUAAAAAAAACAAUUUUCCUGGC